AUGAACCAAGAGAUGGAUGUUUCACCAUUUUUCCUUUGCCCUAUUUCACUACAACUCAUGAACGAUCCGGUUACCGUCUCUACUGGCAUAACCUACGACAGACAAUCCAUCGAAAAAUGGCUCUUUUCAUCCCAAAACAAUACAUGCCCGGUCACUAAACAACAACUCGCACAUGAUCUUCAAAAUCUCAUUAUUCUAACACCAAACCAUACUCUUCGUAGACUCAUUCAAGCAUGGUGCACACUUAACUCCUCUUACGGCGUCGAAAGGAUUCCAACUCCAAAACCACCAACAACAAAAACCCUUAUAGAGAAACACCUCAAAGAAGCUUCUGAUUCUUUAGAUUCACCUCAUUUACUUAUUCAAUCCCUCAAAAACCUCAAAACAAUUGCCUCUCAGAGUGAAACAAAUCGGCGGUGUAUCGAAUCUGCCGGUGCGGUAGAGUUCUUAGCAUCAAUAGUUACAAAAUACAACACAAGCUGUUCAUCUUCAUGUUCAACAACAGAAUUAACUGAAACUACCGUUCUCGAGGAUGAUGAUAUUGAAGGUUUUGCUUUUGACUUUGAUAUUGGUGCGGAUGAUGAAGCUAUAAACAUCCUUCACAAUCUUCAUUUAACAGAACAAGGUUUGAAAACUCUCUUAAACUUCAAAAAUGGAGAGUUCUUAGACUCAUUAAUGAGAUUAUUGCAAAAGGGUAAUUACGAUUCAAGAACAUACGCAGUUUUUCUGUUGAAAUCUAUGUCAAAGGUUGCUGAUCCAUCAAAACUAGCAAAUAUAAAAACCGAGUUUUUCGUCGAACUAGUUCAGCUUCUUAAAGAUCAGAUAUCAAAAAAAGCAUCAAAAGCAACUCUACAAACGUUAAUUCAAAUCGUUGAAUUUGGGAGAAAUAGAGUAAGAGCAGUGGAAUCAGGCUGUGUUCAAGUUUUGAUAGAACUUCUUCUUGACUGCAAAGAAAGAAAACCAUGUGAGAUGAUUUUGGUGCUUUUGGAGAUGUUAUGUCAAUGUGCUGAUGGAAGAUAUGAACUUUUAAGCCAUGGAUGUGGUUUAGCUAUUGUUUCAAAGAAGAUAUUGAGGAUUUCAACAAUGGCUAACGAUAGGGCAGUGAGGAUUCUUCUAUCUGUUGCAAGAUUCUGUGCAACACAUGUAGUUGUUCAAGAAAUGCUGCAAAUAGGUAUUGUUGCUAAGCUUUGUUUGGUUCUUCAAGUUGAUAGUGGAAAUAAGGCUAAGGAGAAAGCAAGGGAGAUUCUUAAACUUCAUGCUAAGUCUUGGAGUAAUUCUCAUUGCAUACCUUUUAGUCUGCUAGCUUCUUACCCAACAAGUGGUUGA